GAAUAAAUUAAAAAAAAAAAUCAAUUAAAGAUUCUGGACAUUAAAUGCUGGCCCAAACAGCAAGUCUACAUCCCCAGAACGAAUAAAAAGAAAUGUUUGUCCAUGGGUUUGAAAACCAUUGUUAACUUGCAGUGACUCUGCGAUCAGUCAGGCAGCUGUUUGUACACGUUUUGGGGCAGGACUGUGUUUUGGAAGCUGCCCGAUUGGAGCGAUCUGCAUUGAAAAGGCAUGUUUAAGCUUGAAAAAUAUUUCGUUGCUACAGCGAUCUUCAUACUGACAACCCUGUUGAUCAUCUACAGUUCUAGCAAUGGCAGUAGCUCAUUGGAUUACAAAGGUGGCUUCAUUUACAAUGUUGUGAGUCGGGCGCCGCUAAAUUUAAAGAAGUGGGUCACAAAAGAUGGUUACUUGCCAGUUGUUGGGAACAAGACCAUGGGCCUUCACUGCAGGCAGUGUGCACUCGUCACGAGCUCCAGCCACUUACUGGGCAGUGAGUUGGGCUCACAAAUUGACCAGACCGAGUGCACCAUCCGCAUGAACGACGCACCGACGACCGGCUACGAGGUUGACGUUGGGAGUAAGACAACGCUGCGGGUUGUCGCCCAUUCCAGUGUGUACCGUGUGAUAAGGAAACCCCAGGAGUUCCUGAACAAAAGCCAGGGGGCUGUCUGUAUUUUCUGGGGGCCCCCGCAGAAGAUGCAGAAGAACAGCAGGGGGGGCCUGUACCGAUUGAUUCACCAUGUGGGCUUGGCGUUCUCCAACCUGUCUGCGUUUGUUAUUGCCCCUAGGAGGAUGCAACAGUUUGAUGACUUAUUUCGGAGGGAAACUGGGAGAGACAGGAAGAAAUCCCAUUCCUGGUUGAGUACGGGCUGGUUCACUAUGGUGAUAGCCAUAGAACUCUGUGACAAUGUCCAAGUGUAUGGGAUGGCACCACCUCAUCACUGCAGAUCACCAGCAUCUGCAGUAUAUUUCAGUGUUUUCACGGGGUUUGAGGACUUUGCUUAUAAGACCUCCUGA